CGCAUGGAGGAAGGCCGGCGCAUGUUCCAGAUUUUUGCUGCGCGCAUGUUCGAACAGCGGGUCCUGCAGGCGUACAGGGAAAAGAUUGCCCAAGAACGUCAACUUCAGCUUCUUCGCGAGCUUGAGGCCGAGGAUCAGGCCGAGAAGGAGAAGGAAGCCAAGAAGCAGAAAGAGAAUCAGAAAAAGAAGGACAAGAAGAAG